AUGCACUCAUUCCUCGCUGUUGCACCCUACCGCGCUCCUGGCCAGGAGUUCACCCAUCGUUAUCUACUCGCCAAACUCUCGACCUCGACGGAGCAGAUGCCUUCAAAAGCUUUUCGCCACGCACCGAGCCUUGCGGGAUAUCUGUGUGAAGAUGAUCACCCUGCCACCUUAGUCCGUGAAUCCCGUCGCUGUGAACCAGACGGAACAAACAUGCGCAUCUUAUCAGUCUCUUCAAACAAUGCCAGCUUGCAAAGCACAUCGCACGGAAAAGCGCUUGCGACAAUAUACGUUGGCACCUUUGACCUCGCGAACAGCGGGGUGUUGGUGAGCUACAGCUUCUUCGAACUCAGCAGAACUUCUAUUGACGUUCAUAGGCUCAGGCGAGAGGCACACUUCGAUCUAUUCGAGAUCUCCACCUUGCAAAUCGUCAAGUACCCCUUUGUCUCGAACCUAGCAAACUAUGUCAACGCCCUGCCUUCAAAGGAUAGCCAGACUGAGGAGUAUGACCGGAAAAAAUAUACUCAUCUUUUUCGUGGACCGUGGUGUUGGAGCUUCUUCACUUCCAUGGACGAGAUGAUUUCAGUCGUGACCAAUCGAACCAUGACGACGCCAUCCUCUUUAAAUACCGUCCACGGGCAAGAUAAUGAAACGGUGCCACGGGAAGACGUACUAGGGGUGGAGACGGGGACAUCGUGACGGAGGCGACUUGAAGUUCCAACCAUGUUUAGGCAGGCACGGUACCUUCAAAUUCCUGAAGCUGGUCAUCCUUACUUCAUCCUCCCAUCCCGUUUUGAUAUCAAUCAUGAACGCCUCGUGAGUAUGUGUUCUAUUACUGAUGAUGGAUGAGUUCAUGCAAGCUCUCUGCGAGGAAAGGCUGUCCAUCAAGAUUAUUCGACAUUACAUAAUACAAAGUUCGUCGUCAUCAUGUAUCAUGAAUCAUGAUAACAAUCGACUGGCUCCAGAACUUCAAAUUUCAAUGCAUGUCAUAUUCAAAUUGAUACUACGUCACAGCGUUCCUUCACACCCUCUUGCGC